AGAAGUUACUCGAGAGAAUCCAGAGCAGAAAAAGAAAAUCGAAAGGAUGAUGAUGAUGAUAAUGAUUAUAUAAAAGGGAAGGAGCGUGGUCGUAGUGGGAUAAAACGAAAGAAGCGAUCCAAAUCACCUGUUAAAAAGGUUUCUUUUAAUAAUUAUGACGAAAAGGUGGAUGAUGCGUUGAAACAACGAGAGGACGUUAACCGCGAACCGACGGCUAGAGAACUCGAAAUUGCAAGGAUUUUAAAAGAAGAUGAGCUACGUGAUGAUACAGAAAUUGACAAAGACCCAGUAUGGUCCCUCAAAAGAGCACAAAUUGAAAAGCCUAGCCGUCAGUGUCCAUAUUUAGAUACAAUUGAUAGAUGUGCGCUAGACUUCGAUUUCGAAAAACUGUGCUCUGUGUCGUUAUCGCAUGUGAAUGUAUAUGCCUGUAUGGUCUGUGGCAAAUAUUUUCAGGGUCGAGGUACAAGUACCCAUGCAUAUACUCAUUCGCUGGAUACAGAUCACAGAGUUUUCCUUAAUUUGGAAACACUGAAGUUCUACUGUCUUCCUGAUAAUUAUGAAAUCAUUGACCCCUCUUUGGAUGAUAUUAAGUAUGUUUUAAAGCCAACUUACGCCGUAGAAUAUAUCAAAAAUAUCGAUAGUAUAACGAAAAUGUCCCGAGCUUUCGAUGGGAUUGUGUAUCAUCCUGGUGUCGUGGGUCUGAACAAUAUAAAAGCCAAUGAUUAUGAGAACGUUAUACUUCACGCUCUUUCGCAUGUGCCCCCAUUACGAAACUACUUUUUACGUGAAGAGAACUAUAUAGAUAUAAGAAGACCACCAGGCGAUAAGUUAGCUUUGUUGCCGAAGCGAUUUGGAGAAUUGAUCCGCAAAUUAUGGAAUCCUAAAGCAUUCAAAGCUCAUGUGUCGCCUCAUGAAAUGCUUCAAGCAAGUGUACUUUGUAGCAAUAAGAAAUUCCAGAUCACAAAGCAAGGUGAUGCGGCUGAAUUUCUCAAUUUCCUUUUAAACACUUUGCAUGUUGCAUUAAAUGGUACAGGAAAAACUUCAUCUUCUAUAAUUUAUCGGAUUUUUCGAGGUCGUAUGCAUGAAUUUACUCGUAAGGUAAUUCCAGUUGAGACUAGCGAGGAACGAAAACGCGAGCUACUUGAAACGGAUGAAUAUAAAGAAAAAAUGAAAGAAAUACCUUUCUUGUAUUUAACACUGGAUCUUCCUGCUGCACCUUUAUACAGGGACGAGCUUAUGCAGAAUAUUAUUCCUCAAGUGCCACUAUCAGUGCUAUUGACAAAAUUUAAUGGCAUUGUGGAGAAGGAAUACAAAACAUACAGUGAAAAUUUCAUGAAAAGAUUCGAAUUGGUUCGGCUACCCUUUUAUCUUAUAAUUAUGUACAAGCGUUUCCAUAAAAAUCAAUGGUUUAUCGAAAAAAAUCCUACGAUCGUCAAUUUUCCAAUAAGCAAUGUCGAUUUAUAUGAUUGUAUUGCCAAAUCUGAACGGGAAAAGCAUAAAUUUACAACAUAUGAUUUGGUAUCAAAUAUUGUACACGAUGGCCCGCCAGAAAAUGGAUCAUAUCGUAUCCAAAUUUUGCACAAUGGAACUCAGAAAUGGUAUGAAUUGGAGGAUUUGCAUGUCAAGGAAAUAUUACCACAGAUGAUUACAUUGGCUGAGUCUUAUAUACAAAUUUGGCGAUUAAAUACAAACAAAACACGAGAACAAAGGACAGGAGAAACAGAAGAGGGUGAUAUAACGAUGAACAACAGUAAUGAAGCGAUGGAGCAAUAG